CAGUAAUUAAACAAAACGUCUGCAAAGAUAUAGCCAAGAUAGCAGAAAUAAAAUUAAACAACAACUACAAGAAGGAGAAAAUUUAUUAUUAAAUAGAAAAGAUUGUUGAAUCAUUUUGGUGUGCAAUACAAAUAACAUCUAACCCGUAAUAAUUGAUCAAGGUCGUCCGGGCGAGGGAGAAUCCGUUUUAUGUUAAGCAAUCGUCACAACCACAACCAUCAUCAUUCAGUCGAGCUGUUGUUGUUGUCAUUAUGAGCUCAUUCCUCAUGGGUUAUCCACAUGCGCCGCAUCACGUCCAGAGCCCCAUGUCCAUGGGCAAUGGUCUGGACCCGAAAUUCCCGCCGGUAGCGGACGACUAUCAUCACUACAAUGGACACUAUUCGAUGACCGCCUCGACGGGCCAUAUGGGCGGGGGUGGCGCGGGCAGCGGCUCCACAAUGACCGCCCAUCCGCACGCCACACAUCCGGCGGAUAUGGUCAAUGUGAACGAUUACAUGGCCGCCGCCGCCCACCACCACAACUCUCAUCCGCACUCGCACUCGCACCCGCACCACAGCAACAGCGCCCUCUCCAGCCAUCACCACCAGAACGCCGGCUACACCAACUACGCCGCCACGCCCACGCACCACCAUCCGCACCAGAGUCUCGGCUACUAUGUGCAUCAUGCUCCGGAGUACAUAUCGGCGGGUGCGGUGCAUUCGGAGCCCGUGGGACCCCCACUCGGAAAUGGCUAUGGGCCGGCGGUAAAUGUGCCAAACAGCAGUGGUGCGGCGGCAGUGUCCACCGGCUCAAAUAACUAUUACGGAUACUAUGGCACCAAUGGCAGUGUCGGCAGCACGCACUCUCAGGGCCAUUCGCCGCACUCCCAAAUGAUGGAUCUGCCCCUGCAAUGCUCAUCCACAGAGCCGCCAACGAAUACGGCACUGGGAUUGCAGGAAUUAGGUUUAAAAUUGGAGAAACGCAUCGAAGAAGCUGUACCUGCCGGCCAACAACUGCAAGAACUGGGAAUGAGACUACGCUGUGAUGAUAUGGGAUCAGAAAAUGACGAUAUGUCUGAGGAGGAUCGACUCAUGCUCGAUCGAUCGCCAGACGAGCUGGGCUCGAACGACCACGACGAUGACUUGGGGGAUUCAGACAGCGAUGAUGACUUGAUGGCCGAAACGACCGACGGGGAGCGCAUUAUUUAUCCCUGGAUGAAGAAGAUUCAUGUGGCCGGUGUCGCCAACGGAUCAUAUCAGCCGGGCAUGGAGCCAAAACGCCAACGCACCGCCUACACACGCCAUCAGAUUCUGGAGCUCGAGAAGGAGUUCCAUUACAAUCGCUACCUGACCAGACGGCGGCGCAUCGAGAUCGCACACACGCUGGUGUUGUCGGAGCGCCAAAUAAAGAUCUGGUUCCAGAAUCGUCGCAUGAAGUGGAAGAAGGACAACAAGCUGCCCAACACGAAGAACGUGCGAAAGAAAACUGUCGAUGCCAAUGGAAAUCCAACACCGGUAGCCAAAAAGCCCAAGCGUACGAGUGCCAAGAAGCAGGCGGCCCAGCAGCAACAACAACAACAACAGCAGCAGAAGCAGCCGCAGCAACAACAACAACAAACACCGGUGAUGAAUGAGUGCCUGCGCUCCGAUAGCUUGGAGAGCAUUGGCGAUGUCAGCUCCUCUCUGGGCAAUCCGCCCUACAUACCAGCCUCAGCCGAUGCUGCCAAUGUCUUACAACAACAACUGCCCUGUGGCAAUGGCAACAACAACAACAACAAUAAUAAUAACAACAGCAACAAUGCCUAUGCCGGAUCUCAGCAGCAGCAUCAACAGCUGCAUAGCAACAACAACAACAACAACCUCAGCAACAACAACAAUCAAAUGGCAGGCCUGCUUCCACAUCACCAGCAGCAACAACAACAAGCCGAUCUCAUCAACAAUCUACAGCAUAUAAAGCAGGACUACGAUCUGACGGCCCUGUAGGCAUUAUCUACCACCACCCCAAUAGCGAACUAAACUAAGCCCCCCUCCCCCCGCCCCACAAGCAGUUUUGUACAGUCUUUAUACUUCACAUUAAUAGACAAUUAGUUUUAAAACCAACCUCGAACGCAGGGAUCGAUUUAAUUGUUUUCUUUUUGACUCUCAUUUCUUGGAUUUUAUUUGUAAAUUAAAAUCAAAUACUUUUGU